AUGAAUUCUAUUUUCCUAAUGGCAUCGCCUUUUCUCACAAUGCGUUUACUCGUUUUUUGCUGCGAUUGAUAGUUAUACUCAAAUAUGGCGGCUCCCACCGGCGGAUCUGGUGUUGUAGUACCUCGUAAUUUCCGUCUCCUGGAAGAAUUGGAGCAGGGACAGAAAGGCGUAGGUGAUGGAACAAUCAGCUGGGGAUUAGAAGAUGACAGUGAUAUGACUUUAACUCAAUGGACUGGAAUGAUUAUUGGACCACCACGGACACCUUAUGAAAACAGAAUAUACAGUUUGAAAGUAGAAUGUGGUAGUAAUUAUCCUGAUGAACCUCCAACUGUUAGAUUUAUAUCUAAAAUUAAGAUGACUGGUGUUAGUGAAAGCUCUGGCACUGUGGAUAAAAGAAGCCUUCCUGUAUUAAGUCACUGGCAGAGAAACUACUCCAUUAAAACAGUCCUUCAAGAGCUUCGGAGAGCAAUGACUUUAAAAGAAAAUCAAAGGCUAAGUCAACCUCCUGAAGGCUCUGCUUUUUAGCCUCCAUGCACAUAGUAUGGGUUCGAACGACUAUUCUGUUUGUUGCCAGGCAUUCCGUUGCUUGGUACUUUUUUUGCCCAAGUGGACUACAGGAAGUAAAAGAUUCAAGUCUUUUUGUACAUUAAAUGCUUUACACUACCUUGUUGGGCUCCCUCCACUGCUCUAUGUGGACACUGCAGAUUGUCUUAAUUAUGAAAGCAAGGUACUAGUAAAUGCAAUUAAUCAGCUUUAAAUAAAAGAAACCUUAUGGGAAAAUAAAUAAAAAAAAGUUAUUAAAAGUUCACACAUGCAUUAGCACGCGAUUUUGCGAAUGAUACUUAAAACUAUUGUGCCUUUUGUUCUUGCAUAUACUGUAGAUAUUAAAAGGCACAUUGGCUAAGAUGUAGCUGUUAUUUUUAAUUUUUACAUUUUCAUUUUGAGAUGAAGAAUGCCAUACAAAAAAAAAAGCUGUAAUUAAAAAUUUUAUAUCGGUGUAUGUACAAUUUCGUGUGCUUGCAUGUUAUUUCUCUUCACAUAUGUAUUCCUUUCAAACCAAGUACCAAUAUUUUUUUUUCUAUGACUGUUUAAAUUAUGAUUAUGAUAGUUUUUAUUUAACAAAUUGUAUUUGUGUCAUGACACAUUUAUGUUGGAUUUUUUUUGUUUCAAGUAUGUUUUAACUAAGAUUCCAGGAUCCAUUAAUGAAAUGUAUGGAGCUUCUCUCGUCUUGGUUUUCAUGAUGGAUUCAUCAUCUGAUUACACUGAAAAGACUUCGAAUAAAAGUUUAAUUUUAAUAAAUUAGUUUUCUUACCUC